AUGAAAAGUCUGGCAAGCCCAUAUAUUUGUGGCUUCAUUUGCAAAUCCACUCUACCUUUACCGGCAAAAUAUACAUUUCUUACAUCUUUUGGUAAAUUUCAUUGUUACUAUGGGUGAGCAAAUGGAAAUUGAGAAUACAAAUGAAAACGGAAGUUCAGAGAUAGAACUAACUGAGACCGAAAAUGAGUUAUAUGACCGGCAAAUUCGUCUUUGGGGCCUUGAAUCGCAGAAGCGUCUGCGUACCGCAAAGAUCUUAAUAUCGGGUCUGGGUGGAAUUGGUGCGGAAGUUACUAAGAACAUUAUUUUAUCGGGUGUACAUGCUGUUAAGUUGAAUGAUGCUAAUAGCGUGACGGAAGAUGAUUUUUGCUCUCAAUUCUUAGCACCUCGUACAAGUUUGGGGAAAAAUCGAGCCGAGUCGUCAAUUGAGAGGGCGAAGGCUUUGAACCCAAUGGUCGAAAUAUCCGCCGAUACUCAACCGAUUUCCGAAAAAAGUGAGGACUAUUUUUGUGGAUUUGAUGUGGUGGUCAUCACAGGAGCAACAAACAAUGAACUUCUACGAAUUGAUGAAAUAUGUCGUCGGAAUGAUAUUAAGUUCUUUGCUGGGGACGUAUGGGGAAUGUUUGGGUACACAUUUGCCGACUUAAAUGAUCAUGCUUUCGUAGAGGACGUCGCAAAACAUAAAGUUAUAUCGAAACCAAAUGAAAAGGUUAAAACGGAACUGGUCACAACGACUGUACAAAGGGAACUUAAAUUUGCCCCAUACCAAGCUGUUGUGGAUUUCGAUAUUAAUUCGCCGUCAUAUCAAAAGAAAUUGAAGCGAACUGGUCCGGCGUUCUUACUAUUGCGUGUUUUACAAAAAUUUCGUGAAGAAUUUGGACGUGAUCCCUCUUACAAAUCCAGGGAGAGUGAUCUGCAGGAAUUGCUUCGUAUUCGAGACAUACUUGGCAGCACGGAUUUAUUGACUACAGAUUAUUUGGAAAAUACUUUUAGUCAAAUAUCGCCAGCUGCAGCGGUUGUUGGUGGCGUAUUGGCUCAAGAAAUAAUAAAAACAGUAACUAAAAAGGAAGCACCAAACUGUAAUUUAUUCCUUUUUGACCCACAGACAUGUUGCGGAUUCAUUGAGGCAAUUGGCGUUAAUUAGUCAUUAUAUACUUUUGGAAAUUAAAAUAAAAAUUGAAUUAAAUUAGAAAAAA